AUGGAAAACAGUCUGGUGUGCUGGGAAGCGCAGGCAGAACUCCGAGCCCAGGAGGACCCGGUCCUUCUCCAGAACCAGGUGCUGCUAAACCUGCUGGAGGCAGAGCUCAGAUACAUCCCGGGGGCCGGAUACUUCCAGCGCGUCCAGAAGGAACUUCAUCCGUACAUGAGGAGCACGCUCACCAACUGGAUGCUAGAGGUGUGCGAGGACCAGAGGUGCGGAGAGGACGUCUUCCCGCUGGCUGUUAACUCUUUGGACAGAUUCUUGUCCCUCGUGCCGGUUGAAAAGCGGCGGCUUCAGCUUUUAGGCUCGACGUGCCUCCUGCUGGCUUCCAAACUGAGGGAGUGCAAGCCGAUGACCACCGAGACCCUGUGCAUGUACUCCGAUUACUGCUUCACCGACAAGGAGCUGAGGGCCAUGGAGUUGCUGGUUUUGAACAAACUGAAAUGGGACGUAGAAGCCGUAACCCCGCGGGAUUUCCUCUCCCACUUCGUGGACCUUCUAGGUGUCCCUGCGGAGAAAGUUCAGCAGGUCAGGAAGCACACGGAGACCUUCAUCGCGCUCUGCGCCACCGACGGCAAGUUUAUUGCACUUCCACCCUCCAUGGUAGCGGCGGCCAGCACAGCCGCGGCGGUAACGGGGCUACGACCCGAGAAUUUGGGAAUGACUCUCUCCAGCACAGCAUCCACCAACUACCUCGCGCACGCCAUACAUUGCGACCCGAGCGUGCUGAGGAUUUGUCAGCAAGAAAUCGAAGUCUCUCUUGAAGAAAGUCUUCGACGAGCUCAAAGAAGCAGGCUAUCCGAUGCAAAGUCUGUGGAGGAGAUUGAGAGAUCUAGCACGCCAACCGACGUUCUGGAUAUCGACCUGUAGCCAACGCAAGAAUACCCUUCAUCGUCAUCUCCUGCUGGAGACCAACACGCGAUGGUUUAAGAGACAGAAUGUCCAACUUCCGGCCAAACCAGGCUGUUCGAUUUUCGCCGUCUAGAACGCAUCACCGCUUCAAGAGGUUACGAUACAAAAGCACUUUUACGUGGACCUUACGAGAUGGCUACACAAAAAGGUGCGUCGAUCGAAAGCCGUUCUAGAAUUCUUUCACCGGGUUUAGAACAUCGGCUGCGAAAUAUUCGGAAACCAA